ACUUGUCAUUCAACGUGGCUAUUUCACUUUCACAGAUUUUCAAGUGAGUUUCUUUUCAGCGAGCAGAAACUUCCGACAUUCCUUGGGAAGAUAUCAACACUGCGAGACAACUGCUACCAUGGAAGGGGGUAAAACUGUUGUCAUUUACCUCCUGCGAAAUGACCUGAGAGUUCAUGACAAUGAGUGCUUACACUGGGCACAUCAGAAUAGUGACUUUGUGAUUCCUUUAUUUUGCUUUGACAAGAGCAUACUCAGCCCCGGUGCCAUAACAUGGCAUUACAAAUUUGCAAAAACAGCAACACACAGAGCCAAGUUUAUACUGGAGAGUGUGUCUGACUUAAGAGAAUCAUUAAGGAAACUUGGAAGUGACCUAGUUGUACGUAGUGGGCAGACAGCAAAGGAGGCAGUUUCAGACAUAAUUAACCUAUGCCAGGCAAAGAAUGAAGGACAUGUUUCCCUUGUUUAUCAGAGAGAAAUCACAAAGGAAGAAACAGAUGUAGAAGAAGAAUUGUUGAAGCUUUGUGAAGCAGAAAAAGUUACUGUGAAGUCCUUUUGGGGAUUGACACUGUACCAUUUGGAAGAUUUACCAUUUGCCUCUGUGAAGUUUUUGCCUGAUACAUACACAGACUUUCGGAAAAAUGUUGAGGCAAAAUGCAGAGUGCGGCCCCUUAUUCCAACCCCAGACUGUCUAAAAUCACUGCCUGCAUUUUUGAAAGAUGACCAAGUUGGCAGAAUGCCAACUUUACAGGAACUUGCAAUGGAUCAUUCAGAAGAAACAGCAGAUCAAAGAUCAGCUUUCCCAUUUUCUGGGGGAGAAACUGCAGCUCUCGCUAGGCUUAAUCAGUACCUCUGGGAUACAGAUCUUGUGGCAAGGUAUAAAGAGACUCGCAAUGGGCUUAUUGGAUCAGACUACUCAACAAAAUUUAGCCCAUGGCUGGCUGUAGGAGCUCUCUCACCAGGGAAGGUCUUUGAUUGUAUUAAAAAGUAUGAAACUGAGUGUACAGCAAAUCAAUCCACGUACUGGGUCAUUUUUGAGCUGCUGUGGCGAGAUUACUUCAAGUUUGUCAGCCUUAAAUAUGGCGUCUCCAUCUUUUACCUGUCUGGAAUUAUGAGGAAAACAGGGUUGCCAUGGAAGUGUGACAUGGUGGCAUUUGACAAGUGGCGAUACGGGCAGACUGGAGUUCCAUUUGUGGAUGCAAACAUGAGAGAGCUACUCUACACGGGAUGGAUGUCCAAUCGUGGACGUCAAAACGUGGCAAGCUUCUUGGUGAAAGAUCUUGGGCUUGAUUGGCGCAUGGGAGCUGAGUGGUUUGAAUCUCUUCUUCUAGAUCACGAUGUAUCCAGUAACUAUGGCAAUUGGAAUUAUUCAGCAGGCAUCGGCAAUGAUCCCCGUGAAAAUCGAAAGUUCAACAUGGUCAAACAAGCUCUUGAUUAUGACCCAGAUGGAGAUUUUGUAAGGCUGUGGGUUCCAGAGCUGGCUGGUUUGAAAGGUGCUAAAGUUCAUACCCCUUGGCUGCUGUCAUCAUCAGAACUGAAACAUGCAGGCAUAACUCUGGGGGGAAACUAUCCCAAACCAAUGGUCUGCCCACCAGAAUGGAGCCGGCACACAUCAAAAGUCAAGGACUCAAGAAAAACGCUAAGAGCACAGCCAAGAGGAAUUGAUUUCUACUUCAAGUCGCCAAAGGGAGCUGGCUCAUCCAGGAAGAGACAUUAAAGAAACUCUGUUUAAGAUAGAUCUGUUUUUUGAUAGACACAAGACUGAAUGUUAAGUCCCCUUUAUUGUUAUGAUAAGGAUCAGUAGAUCAAUUGUCUCCUCUACAAGAAGAGAUUCUAAGUAUCAUGAGAAACAUCUAUUGUGUUUGUGACAAAAGAAAGUUGUUAAAUGUAUUAAACUGUAACAGUUAUACAUUUAUAUUUGCUGAUGUUGUUAGCGAUAAAGCAAUCUCAUCCCCAGAUUGCCACAGUUGUAUGAUUGGAUUUGCUCAGGUUUAGAGAUCCACAGGCGUGGCAAUGGAUUUGGCUGUAUUUUGUGGCAAUGGAUUGGCUGUAAAGUAAACAACUGACAAUAACUAAAUAGCUACAUCAACCAGAAAUGACUUUCUGUAUAAGUUGAGGUCGAUAGAUCAACUGUUUCCUCAACAAAGAAGAGUUUCUAAGUAUCAUGAAACAUUUAUUAUCUACUUGACAAAGGAAAGCUGUUAUGUAUUGAACUGCUAUGCAUUUAUAUUUGUUGAUGUUGUUAGCAAUGAAGCAAUCUCAAAAGAAAGUUAUGUAUUGAACUGUUAUACAGUUAUAUUUAACAAUUAUUCGCCGAAGGCGAGGUGAAUAUCAUCGAAUAAUCCGCGAGACGAAGUUGAG